CAAAUUGAUAACUAACUAGUUGAUGUCUUCUAAUUUUAGGUUGAAGGGCAAAGUUACAAUUAUAACAGGUGGUGCAAGAGGGAUUGGAGCAACUACAGCCAAGCUGUUUGCACUUAAUGGAGCUCAUGUUAUCAUCGCGGAUAUCCUCGACGAAAUCGGUACCAGCCUAGCCGAAUCGAUAGACGGCCGCUACAUACAUUGCGAUGUGGCAAAGGAAUCUGACGUGGAAUCAGCGGUCCAGCUGGCAUUAACAUGGAAAGGACACCUAGACAUCAUGUUCAACAAUGCUGGCAUUUCAGGAAUGGAUGGGAGCAUAGCUAACUUGGACAUGGAUAAGCUAAAUGGCCUAUUAGCAGUUAACGUUAAUGGAAUGGUUCAUGGGAUCAAACAGGCGGCACGAGCCAUGAUCAAGGCUCAAUCAGGGUGCAUCAUAUGUACUUCAAGCUCUGCAGCACUCAUGGGUGGUUUAGGUUCUCAUGGAUACUCAUUGUCUAAGGAAGCCAUCCUUGGGUUGGCAAAGAGUGCAGCUUGUGAAUUAGGGAUGUAUGGGAUCCGUGUGAAUUGUAUUUCUCCACAUGGGAUUCCUUCAGAAAUGCUUGUCGACGGGUACCGAUAUGUCUUAAAAGAGCCGGAGAUGUCGCUGGAUGACUUGCAGAAGCGAUUCACGAAAAAGGAUAAAGUAUUGCGUGGGAGGAAUGGCAGCAUGGAAGAUGUGGCACAAGCUGCCCUCUUUCUUGCUAGUGACGAAGCUGGAUUCAUAACAGGGCAUAAUCUGGUGAUAGAUGGGGGAUUCACUACUUGCUUUACUGAAUUGAGACUCAUGUAUCAGUGAUGUGCAACUCUCUCUGCAUUUCAUUGCAUUAGCCUAACCCU